AUGGUUGAUAGGAUUAGUGGUCUUCCUGAUGCUGUUCUCUGCCACAUUUUGUCGCAUCUCCCCACAAAAUUAGCAGCGGCCACCUCAGUUCUACUUAUAUCCACCAGAUGGCGGUACAUUUUCGCUUCAGUUCCUAAUAUCGACCUUCAGUACCGGGGAUCCUUACCCGCGUUUCACGAUGAAUGUGACCAAGAGUACUUCGACGCUUCUCUUGAACAUGUUCGCUUCACCAAGGACUUGAACGUGGAGUCCAGAAGCUUGACAUUUCUCUCAUGGGCGCAGCUGUUCAAUUUUGAGAGGGAAGAUCAUGAGAAAUUCGAGCCUCUCUUCCCGGACGCUCUUCCUAUGUGCUUCGCCCUACAUCUUGAGUUCAAAAACUUUGAUGACACAGAAUACGAGUACCAGCUAAUAGAGCAAUUUCUGCGAUGUGGAAGAGCCUUACAGAGGCUGACUGACCAUCCGUGGAGUUUUUGGUAG